UCUGUGUUUUAUUGACAGUUGAUACCGUUUAAUUAAUCUGUGUUUUUUGUCCUUGUUCUUCCUCGUAGCCAGAAAAAUAACAGCUGUCCUCAAUUUAAUAAAAUUAUAUAGUUCUUUCAUUUCAAUUCAGUUUAAGUUUAAAUAAUAUUACCAAGUGCAGCCUUGUGACUUUUAUCCACGAAUGUAGAUACCUACAACUAUUAUUCUCUGGAAAGAUAGAGAGACUUCUCCUGGUAGAGAAUGUCGAUUCCACCACUUGUUUGCAGCACUCCACCACCUCCAGACCAGUGCGAGGACGACAAAGACACAGAGGAUUAUGAUUUACGCUAUAACUAUUCACAAGAUGAAGAUGAUGAUGACAGCAGUGAAUACUACGGAAACUUCUCUUCCUUUAGUUUUAAAAAUAAUCCAGAAGAAAAUAUUGAACUACCUAAAGUGAUACCCAAGGAUGUAGAAAUAAGUAGUGUAUCACCAGAAUGUGACUUUGUAGGAAAUUCUAAUAACUCUACUAAAACAGCAGAGAUUCAUGAAAUUUUUCAAUCUGUGGAUCUUCCAAAACAUAAUGAUUUUCAAUUAGAAUCUCCAAAAGUGGAAAACAAUGUUGAAGUAACUAAUCACUGUGAUAAUCUAAAAGCUACAGAAGACUCUAAAGAUGACCAUUUUCAAGAAGCUUUGGAUUCUGUCCAGGAAGAUAGUACUUCCGACAAUGAUAAAUCACUAAACAAAGAAGAAGUUGUUGAAGAAUAUAGUCAUACAAGUACUUCAAAUCAUGUAGAUGAUGAAUGUACAGAAGCAGGUCUUCAUAAUUUACAAGAUCCUUCUGAUGAUCAAAUUAAUUAUAAUGAAGAAAGUCCUGAAAAAGAACAUGAAGAAGUCACUGCCACUAGCAUAGUCAAUGAUACUAACAUAGAUGAUAUUGGAAUUGAAGAUCUAGAUUUAAAAUUUGACCAAGUAUCCAUUGACAGUGGAAAAAUUACUCAAGAAGAUGAUGUUGAAGAGCCUGUCUGUGAAGUAAAAGAUAAUAUAGUAUUUAAUGAUGAUCCAUGGGGCAAUGAAGAAGACAAUAGUGAAUUCCAAGCAACAUUUGAUGAUUUUGAGAUGAAAACAACUGAGCCAAAAACUGAACCUGUAGAAAAUAAUAUUAAUUCAGAAGCAGUUGCCGAUGAUGAUGACUUUGGAGACUUUGAUGAUUUCCAAUCAGUGGAGGUUAAACCCAAUGAAGCUGUACAGGCACCUGAAAAUCCACCAUCAACCAGUUUCCAAUCUAUUGAAAUCCAUAAUGAAGCAGUAGAGAAAGUGCUUAGUUCUAUAUUUGAACAUGAUAUUGAAGGUACAGAGGAUGAAAUUGUGAGAACAUUAGAUUCUUCUCUCGGAGAGACUUGGAGACAAUUAAAGGAGAUUGAAGUCAGACAACCCUACAUGAUCAAUUGGAAUAGCUCAUUUGGUCAAAAGACACUUCUGAAGGCACUGUGUAUAGAUUCCAGAAACAUUCUCUUUGGACCAAAGUGGCAGCAUAAUAUGCCUAAAUAUGCUGCAAAUUUGACUGCUGCACCAUUGCAACCUCAGAAACCUGUCACAUCUAAUCUGUCUACUGAUGCCCUGGCUGCGGACCGAGUCACCAGCAAACCCGACACUUGGGAAGAUCCAUUUAGUUCACAUGGGAAAGAAUUCUCCUAUGCUGAAGCCCUCCUCCUUGACCUAGAGCACCUAAUGGCGACUCUCGACCAAAUGGCCCAUAACCAAUCCUCCCUCAAGAUAUCUGAUCUACUGUCUCAUGCUUGCAACACCGAAACCAGUACAAGCAGCUCCCCGCCGCGACCGAGCAACCUGGACGUGUUCGACACGACAACCAGCACGGCCGAGCAGAUAUACCCCUCGUCCAUCAACGUGCAGCAACUGCGGCAGAUCAGCCUCCCCGACACACACAUCUUCACCCCCACUGACUCCGAGGUACCUCGUUCCACCACCAUACAUUACGACACUGCCACUGGAGUGUCGCAACCAGAGGAGGAACAUUCAGAAGAUGAAUACUCCGACUUUCAAGACUUCCAAGCUACAACGUCAAUUAGUAAGCCUGAAGCUGGCACUAGCACUCAACAGAUACAGGAACCAGUUGUCGCACCGGUGAAGCCAGUUGUUGAAAACAAUCAAUAUGCGAUAAAUUUACUUCAACCUAUAAAACUGGAGCCGACGACGCCGACCCUCAACUGGCCCGACCCGGGCGAGGUCAAAACCACCUUCGAUGAUUUCUCAGACUUUGUGUCGAGUGCCCCGUGGCCCUCAGAGCAACCUGACUCUAUGAAGUCAAUCACAACUGAAGUAACCCCCAGUACUGAGAAUGCUAACUUCACUGCAGCGUUUAGUGAUAUUCCUGAUGAAAUAACCGCCAGUGAACCGUUACCGGCUGCAUCGACUGCUCAGCCAGCACUUCCCACAAACGAUGAUAUCGACGACGAUGAUGACUUCACCACAUUCCAUUCAGCCAUUCCAUCAGUCACUAGUGUCUCAAAAGACGUGGAUGGGCCGAGCCCAACGUCGAUACAAAAAGUUGCAAACGAACCUAGUCUUGAUUUCACUUAUCCUCUGGACUUCAAUGUAGACUUUUCGAGCUUCGAAAGCAGCGUAUUCAAAACUAGUGACAUAUCAGACACAAAGGCGGCAGUUAUUCCAGAGCCAUUGGCUACAAAUAAAAAUUACAUUCCUAAUAGUUUUAGUGUAAAUGCUAAAGUAGAAAGUCAUAAUGCGGCGGACACGUCGCCCGCGCUGCCGGCCGGCGGCCGCGUGCUGCUGCCCACGCCCGCGCCCCCCGCGCACUCUGCGCACCUCGCGGCCCCCGCGCCGCCCGCUGCCGCCGGGCAGAUCCUGCAACCACUAUCUCUAGAGGGAUUCUCGCAAAUCAACUGGCCUAACCCAGGAUCGCUAGACUUGCAGGACUUGUCUAGAUUCAAUCCUGUGGAGACGCUGCCGUCCCUGAAGGGGGAGAUAAACGGGGGCAUGAGUAAGAACUCGUCGCCGGCGCACAGUCAGAAGAGCCGCGCUUCGGAUGACGACUGGGGAGAUUUCGUGUCGAGCCGCCCGCGCGCGGCGCCCCGACGCCCGGCGGCGGCGGCGGCGGCGGCGGCGGAUGAUGACGAGUGGACGGACUUCGUGAGCAGCCCCGGCCCCGCCGCACACAACGGAGUCAACACCAUCAGCUUCAACGUGCACACCAACCUUAACGUCCACAAGAACACCACCAAAUACAAAAUAGACAACAAAUUACCCGUCGACUUGCCCAGCCUCAACUACGUCACGCCAAAGGCGAACCAACACAGGAGUUACAGCGACCGACAUUUCCAAAACUUAUAACAAGACAACAACGGCUGUGUUUUUGUCACUACUUAAUGUAACUAUGUACUUAAUUAAUUAGUUUAUUUAUUGUACGAUAGGAUGGUGGCGGUGCAAUAGAGUUAAUAUAUUUAUCAAUUAAUUAAGAAUUCCAUAUUUUAGCGAAAUACCACAUGAGUAUCACAUUCUAUGACGUAUAGUUACUAGAGAGUAACAUCAAUUAUUUUAAAAACUGUUUUAUCAAAAUUCAAUCGAUAAACCAAUGAAUUGUAGCAAUAAUUAAUAUAGAAUUACAUUUAUAAAUUUGUAUUUGUGUAAAUAAGUAUCCUUGUGUAUAUAGUGUCUCAGAAGUAAAUAAUAAUAUGU